GAUAGAGACGGCGUGUUUUUUCUUAUUCACAGGAUUAGUUCACGUGCUACCGCAAUAAAAGUUUCUCGUGGAAGACUUACCAGAGAAACCCUAGCAAUCCCUCAUAACCUCUGAUAAAAGCGGAGAUGUUAAAAAAUGUGCGGAGUGCGUACAUAAACCGGCACCAACGGAACGAACGUUCAAUUUUCGUGAUAAAAUGUCUAAAACGGAAAUUGAAUCAGUGAAAAUUCUUAGAAAGUGAUUUGUGCGAUGAUGCUGCGCUUGAAGAAGUCAUUUCCUGGUGCAGUCGGCGUGACAACCUAUCGAUCACUAGAAUAUUUACUAAUUCCGAUGCGAUGGAGGUUAUGGAGAUGGAAAAAUAUUCACUCGAAAGCAACUGCAGCUCUGGAAGUCGAUUCCACAGGGCAAGUUAAACUCAAACUCGAUCCGAGGGUUGAAGCUAUGAAAGAUAGAUUAAUUUACUCAGACUAUAUUGAGAGGAAGCGAUUAAAAUUUGGAUAUAUGAAAAAUAAAGCUAUAAUGGGCGAAUUGGUAAAGAAGGAGCACGGCAGAUUGUUGUACAAAAAGCUUAACGAUCCAAAUUACAGUAUUGCGUUGAAAUAUUUAAAGAGUGACGAGGAGAAUCUGGAAGAAAUAGAGAAUUCAGCUGUAGAGUCUGAGGAGAUGGUGGACGAAGUAAAAGGUCCGAAAGCCAUUCAUAUGCCUUAUGCAUCGACAGAUCAGUAUGAGUUCAAGGAGACUGAGGCACCUGUUGACCAGGAUCCUGAGCCGAUCCUGAAUACUCGGUAUCAGAAGCUCUAUGAAAAAUAUCUGGAGGCCAAAGAGACCAAAGACUUGGCCCCCAGAUUCAAGAGACGAAUGGACAAUUUGCAGAAAUUAGUGGAAGGGAUGGAGGCGAAGGAAUCUUCAAAUAACCCUAGUGGAUCGGAGAUGAAAAGACCAGCAGAUACUCUUCACCAUGUUCCACCAAACUGGAUGACAGAUUAUGAGCAAUAUGAUGAUUACGAGAAUCCUGAUUCCUGGGAAUCAAAUUAUGGAACUCCAGACAGAAAUAUUGCAAUCAGUAAUGUACCAUGUGGAGGCUGUGGAGCAUUGCUGCAUUGUCAGGACUCUGCAAUUCCAGGGUACUUACCCUCGGAAUUGUUUAAAAAUCUGAAAAACGAUGAUGACUUGAAGAAUACGAUCUGCCAGAGGUGCCACUUCAUGAAGAAUUAUAAUGUCACGUUGGAAGUUAAAGUGCCACCUGAAGUUUAUCCUGAGAUUCUCAGUCAGAUUCAGCUGAAGAAGAGAAAAGCCGCUGUGAUAUUGAUGAUCGAUCUGACAGACUUUCCAUGCAGUAUCUGGCCAGAUUUACCUUCAAUCAUUGGAAAGUAUACUCCCAUAUUCGUAGUCGGGAACAAAGUGGAUCUAUUACCAAAGGAUUGUCCUCGAUUUAUUGAAAAUGUUAAGACGUCGUUGAUACACGCCCUCAGUCAGUCUGGCAUUCGAGAAUUCAAUGUUAAACAUGUCGAGUUGAUCUCUGCACAGACUGGUUAUGGGGUAGAGAGGCUGAUUAAUAAAUUGCACAGAAUUUGGCAGUACAAGGGAGAUGUCUACAUGAUUGGAUGUACAAAUGUUGGUAAAUCUACGCUGUUCAAUGCUCUCCUUCAGUCUGAUUACUGCAAAGUACAGGCUGUGGAUUUAAUUCAGAGAGCCACAACGUCACCAUGGCCCGGGACAACUCUCAAUCUCCUGAAAUUUCCUAUUUUGAAUCCGGUCCGCUGGCGAUUGGCUAUGAGAGCCCAACGCCGAGCCAAUACGAUGUCGGAGGAACAUGCCCAACUUCAAUUUCGUAAACGUCAGCUAACAGCUGAACGCAAUAUUGCGUUUGCAACGUUGCAAGAAAGAAUCGGUAUAACAUUCCCAUUAAAGUCGACAUUAACAGGAGCUGCUUUAACAAAAUACGAGAGAAGAUUAGAAACUGGACGUAAAUUUGGUAUUGAUGAGAACGACGAGGACUUCAGGUACGGUAAAUGGUGUUACGAUACUCCUGGUGUCAUUAAUCCAGCGCAAAUUCUUCAUCUACUCACCACAGAAGAGCUGCUGCUGACGUUAUCCACGAAAAUAAUAUCACCUAGAAGCUUCAUCUUUAAACCAGGUCAAACUCUGUUCUUGGCUGGACUCGGACAACUCGAUCUAUUGACUGGUCCUGAGUACAUUAGAAUUACCGUUUUUGCUAGUGCAUCUCUUCCCAUUACGAUCUGUCAGACCAAAGAUGCUGAUUAUAUUUACAAUGAAUUACUCCAGACAGAUGCGCUAGCUGUACCUAUCAAUGAUCCCGAAAGGCUAAAAAUCUGGCCACGUUUUGAAUAUGAAGAGUUCAGUGUCCAAGGGAUCAGUAAAGAUGAAUCGACUUGCGAUAUUCUUUUAUCGAAUGCAGGCUGGAUUUCAAUUACACCAGAUGAAAAUGAAAACGUAACAAUUCGAGCUGGAACACCGCAGGGUCGAGGGAUUUAUCAACGAAUACCUGCAUUACUCAGUAAAUCCAUAUCGCACCGAGGGGCGCGGAUAAAAUCCAGCGCUGCAUACAGAGUUGGACGACAAGUAUACACGAAAGGAUAAAUCCACAUUAACCAUUU